UUGAACCUCGUGGCACCACCAUCAGUGAGCGAUCCAUAGCUUUUAGUAAUAUGAUGAACCAAACUGGGGCAGGUUUGCCGCUUUCCACUUAUCCUGUGAAUCUUGGAGGUAGAUCGCCCGCCAAUGUCGUCCAAGAGCCGUCCGCAGUACCAAGCCGGGGACUCACCAGGACCCCAAGUCCCUCAGUAACCAUCAAUCAAAGCCAGUCACUUUGGGCAGAUGAAGAAUCGUCUUUCAGCUAUGAUGAGGAGAAAGGGGCACUAGAUGAAGGUGAUCUUUCUGGGAGUGAGGACAUUACUGAAGUACCCUCCACUGCCAUAGGUCCUCUCUGUGGCACACCUCAGAAAUUCUAUGCCCGGAUGGUAUAUGAACCUGUUGAUGGGAAAACUCUUUUCACCGUAGAAGCUCUUCACUCCAUGUGUGAACUUGAGUUACAGAAUGUCAGAUCUCAUGUGCAGUUCAUGAAGGCCUGCUAUACGAGCAACGUCACCAAUGCCUGCUGUCCAAGUUGGUCCCUACCAAACUACGUUGCCCUGCUGAACAACAGGUCAAACUGUUUCAACAUUACUAGUGAGGACGUGCAAGAAACACUGCAGUUGCUAAGAACAUGCUCCCAUUUUUACCGGACAAGAGAGCUGCGACACGACUGCUCCCACACUGGGACGUAUAUGAGCAACAGCUGCGCAAACGUCCCAAGGAAGUGCGUAAGAUUUGAUGCGGUGUACAAUAUACUUCACUACCUGGUGGAUGUGGACUUCAUGUGCGUGGAGAGACCGAAUAACGAACGUGUGAACUAUGCCCUAGUGGUCAUGCCAGUUUACGCAGGAAGUGAUGUCAGAGAAAUAUACGAUGAUGAAUUUAAAGCAGGUGAUGUGCAGGACCAAGUUACGAAAAUAUCUGGAUUGUAUUUUGGUAUAAAGCAGGAUUUAUUCAGCGAGUACCUCACGACUGAUGCUGUUUAUCCCUGCCUCGGGGUUGUGAUUGUGGUGAUACUGAUGUGGAUGUAUAUUGGAUCGCUGUUUGUCACAAUCAUGACCAUCAUCAGCAUGGCAAUGUCCCUCAUUUCUGCAUACUUUGUCUACUUUGCUGUCUUUAGGAUUCCCUUCUUUCCUUUCAUGAAUCUCACCAGCGUCAUUCUUCUCGUCGGGGUCGGCGCGGACGACGCAUUUGUCUUCUGCGAUAUCUGGAAAGAGUCGCGAAAGGAUCGCCCUAACGCACCUCGUGUUAUUGUCGUAAUGGAGACGCUCCGGCAUGCAGCCCUGUCUAUGUUUGUUACCAGUUUUACGACUGCUUCAGCAUUCUAUGCCAACACGAUCAGCAACAUCACUGCCAUCAAGUGCUUUGGUCUAUAUGCGGGCACAGCUAUAUUGUUAAACUUUGUUUUGAGCAUCACUUGGCUUCCAGCAGCUGUUAUUAUUGAGGAUAGAUACUUCACUGACUCAAAAGAUUACAAUUCUCAAAAGCAUGAACAAAAGUACAAAACAAAAAAGAGUGUGUGUAAACACCUAGUAUUUAUUUUUAAAAAUUGCACAGAAUGGUUUAGUGACUGGGCUAGAAUAUUCUUUAAAAAGAUUUUGCCAUGUGUUGUUAUUAAACCCCGUUUAGUUUGGAUAUUGCUGCUUGGAAUUGUCAUGCUUGGGGGCUUUUGCCUUAUCUUUUUAGAUCCAGGACUUCAGCUUCCCACGAUACCAGAGUUCCAACUAUUCAGAUCGAUGCAUCCAUUCGAGCGAUAUGACUUUGUUUUUAAAGAUCUCUUCUGGUUUGAGAAGGUGAAUCGUGGCUCGCUCUACGCCCAUCUUCCUAUUACAGUUGUUUGGGGUGUGGAGCCAAUAGAUGAUGGAAACCCUUUAGACCCAGAUGACAUUGGCAACCUUGUCCUUAAUUCUGACUUUGACAUGGCUUCACCAAAAUCACAACUGUGGCUUCUGAGAUUCUGCAGGUUACUGAGAAACCAGACCUUCUUUUCAUCAACACCAAGUUUGAAAAUUGAAAACUGUUUUAUAGAGACAUUCAAUGAAUGGAUGGAUAAUAGGAAUUGCAUAGAUGGGGAGACAGGUAUGAGUAAUGUACCCUGUUGCAAAGGGUCACGUUUCCCUUAUUCUAGAUCAGUCUUCAAUCAGUGCCUAAAAACUGCAGUUACAGAAUUACAUCACUAUUCUCCCUCAUACUUUGAAAAGUGGAAACCUGGACCAAGAUUUGGUAUUGAAGACAAUUUAGUGAAGGCAGUCGUCAUUGAAUUUGACAGUUCGUAUUCUUUCUCACAUUCGUAUGACCAAAUGAAACAAUUCUGGACCAAGCUAGAAAGCUGGAUGAAGCCCGUUCUUAAAACAGCUCCGUCCAGUCUUGGAGAAGGGUGGUUUAUCAGCUAUCUCGAUUUCUACAAUCUGCAAGACAACCUAGCAAGAGGUACACCCCUUUCUUUGGGCCUUUCUAUCGUCAUUGCAAUGUUUGUUAUGUUUCUUACAACACGGAACUUUGUAAUCAGCUUGUUUGCUAUUCUCUCCAUAUCAGGUACCAUUUGUGUAACAAUUGGUACCCUGGUCCUCCUUGGAUGGCAACUCAACAUUCUGGAAUCUGUCAUCCUCUCUGUAUCAGUAGGCCUCUCCAUUGACUUCACAGUGCACUAUGGAGUGGCGUACUGUAUGGCGCCAGAGCCAGACCGUGAAUCUCGUGUUGUAUACUCACUGGGACACAUGGGGUCGGCCAUUAGCAUGGCUGCCCUAACCACAUUUAUUGCUGGUGCACUGAUGAUGCCUGCUAGCAUACUCUCAUAUACACAGAUGGGGACAUUCCUGAUGUUGAUCAUGACCAUAAGUUGGCUUUACUCUACGCUCUUCUUCCAGGCCUUGUGUCGCGUUAUUGGACCGGAGGGCAAUGCAGGCCAGGUUCCUUUGCCUUCGUGUAUCUGCUACUCUCUGGAUCGCAUGUGCUGCUGCUGCUGUUGUUGCUUCAGUGCCCAUUUCAAGUACGCAAACUCCUGCAGCCAUAAUGGCGUUGACGAAUCGGAAGACAGCGUGUCCUUUCCCUCAUCCACCAUGCAGAGUGCAGAAUCCCAUGAACUUGAGCCGCUCAAAGCAGAAUACAGCUCCACUGCGUUAGACUCUGGGUAUUGUUCACAUAUGACUAUGGACAGGGGCUUGUCAAACUGCAGAUCAGACUUCAGCCCCCGACGUGAAGCUACGGAAAAUACGAUGGAGCAAAAUUCCCUCUGCACUCCAGGGCCCAGUACUGACUUUCAUUACACUUUUCCCACAGCCUCUAAAGCUGUUAACGGUUUUUCUAUGUCCCCUAAGCUUGCCUUCUCUAACCAUCAACCUAGUCGGGUAUCAUCUAAGUCUCAUUCUCCUGUCAUAUCGACUGCAGUGGUAAUGGAUGGUUCAAAUUUUGUCACACGGGUCUGUAAUCCCUUAUCCAAAAUUGAGUUGAUAGAGCCAGAGGAAGCCAUCAUACCAAACAGAUCUUCACAGGUAGAGAAUGUUUGGUUGCCCAGAUGAUAAAGAGAUAUACACAUUCAAUUCAUAUAAUUGUGUAACUGUACAUUUGAGAAUUCUAUUUAUUGCAGGCCACUUGGCCCUACCUUGUAGAGUUGGGAUCGUAAUUGUACAAGUAUUAAUUGCUCUAAUUUCUAUCAUUAUUUAAUUAUUUGAAUGCUCUAGUUUACUCUGAAAUAAAUAUUUGCUAGGCUUGAACUAUGAGUACCACUGUUAGUCAAUAGUCAACAGUUUUUACAUUUAAUAAGUCAAUGCUAUUAUUAUCAUUGUGUUUUAUUAAUUCUUGUUGAUUUACAACAAUGAAUGAAUUGGUAUACCUGUUCUGUUCUUACAUAGCUAAGCUCAUGAAAGUAAAAGUAAAUGCAUCCUAUUGUGAUGCAUCAUGAUCGGCAAAAGGUAUUCUUUUAACACUUUUUUUGGUCGAGCGUAUGAACAGCAAUAUAGUUGAGUGCCCCCCCUCCCCUUCAUCAGGGAAAGUAAUGUUGUGCAUUAACUUUAGGGCUCUCCCUGCCAUGGUGAGUACGGUAUUCCAAUUUCUUGAAAAUCAUGUGCGAGGGAGCAAAGUUGAUAAGAGGGGGGAUGACGAUGUCCCCAUACACAAUUUUUUUUGUCUCUGUUCCAUCCGUUCCAAUUGUGAUCACACUCCCGCACGUGUAGAAGUAAGAGCGCGAUUGAAAUGAACAGAGACAGAAACUUUUGGUCUACGAUGUUCCGAGCCACCCAAGGUGUCAAUCUUUCUCGAGAAGAUUCUGAUGCAUACAGUAAUAAUACCUGAGAGGGUAAAUUUUGAACUAUUUUCACCUGUUUCUACAGGCGUAAUUGAGUUGUCCCAUGAAAUUACUUUGUAUUAGCCCUGCAAUUCUUCAUGAUGUGAUUUACUAGACAUUCAGAAAAAUCAGCAGAAUGGACUUAUUAAUGAACAUUUUCCAUUACCUUUAAGUAAAAAAAAAAGAACAGUACUUGAAAUAAGUGAUGUGUUGCUAUGUCUGGAAAGCCUCCAGCAAACUUUCAGGUUUAUCAAAAACAAUGGUUAAAAGGUAUCCGUCGACUUUGAAUAUGUUAGUAAAGGAGUGUAUGAACUAGGAACUUGAAUCUAGGAUACUUAUACUACUCAUUGCUAUGUCAGUCGAAGCUCUUACAUGCAUAUUGGGUAUCAUGAACAGCUACUGUAAUGUAAAAAGUAUUAUGAAAUUUGAAUAUAUGGUAGUGAUUAAAUAGAUCUAUUUACUACAAAUUUUAACAUUCAGUUUGCCUCACUAUUUAUUGCUAAUUCAGUCAGACCUCUGACAAGCAUUUGUCAUUCCAAUACAGUAGCCAAUUGAGAAUUUAAUACCUCAAGUUAUUAUUUGGGGGAUUUUCUGGGUAUAAAUAUAAGGGAGGCAGCGUAGCUCAGUCGGUUAGAGCGCAUGUUUUGGAUAAGAUCGUAGAUCUCAACGUGAGGGGUUCUAGUCCUGCUCAUGCCGAAACGCGUCUGACAAAAAAUCUGAUGCUAUAUAUAGCGUUGUGUGUUAGCGUGCCUCACCACUGUAUUCAGUGCAGGUGUGAAUGCAGUUGGAAAACGCUCCGUCCAUCGGAAAGGAUGCAAAUGUUGAUCCCGUGUAUAGGAGAGUCACAACCUAUGCACGUUAAAACCAAUGCACUAUUUGUCAAAGAGUAGGGUGUUCACCCGGUGUAUUGCACCUGCUGGUCCUGGCAAAUUCAGGUCAAGUCAAUCUUGACGUUCAUAUGCCAUAAUAAUCAAUAUAAUGAUUGUGGGCAUUAAUGGAAAGACAAGAUAAAGAUAAAUAUGUAAAGUCCUCUGUGACCCUUGACCUUUGAAAUUGUGACCCCCAAAUUAAUUAGAUCAUCUUCAUAUUAAUAUCCAUAUAUGAACCAAGUUUUAUAUUGAUCCCCAAAUGGUCUUCAGUAUUUGAUGGAAUGAGAUGACCUCUAUGGUAUUUUAGCCUGUGACCCCCAAUUCUAGUUGGAUCAUUGUCACUCCAAUAUGCAUACAUGGACAUGAACCAGAUUUGAAGUUGAUUUGAUAUUUCAAUGUAUAUAAUAAUCUCUGACCUUUGACCUCAUGACUCCCAAUUUUAUUCAUAUCAUUUCACACUGAUAAACAUAACUCAAGUUCCAAUAGUAGAUUCCUGUUAUAUCUUGCUAUUCAAACCUAUUAUUAUGGAGGUAAAAAAAGGGUGAAGUACCAUUUUAAUGAUCUCACUCCCCUUGAUCCCAGGUUUGAUGUUACAUGUAUAAAUUAUGUUAGGUAUAUGCUUUAUUGGAUUUUCUUGCAGAUUAUAGACAAUGCAGCUUGUGCCAUCACGUUGGGUCAUGCGUCAGUGCAGGCAGUCGCGUAUACCCGACCAUUCAAGAAAAGGGCCCCCUACAUUCCUGAAACGUCGGGUCCAGUUUACCAAUAUGCUUUACCCGGGUAAACUGGACCCAAAGUUUCAGGAAUUUAGGGGGCCCUUUUCUUGAAAAGUUGGGUACACGCGAUUGCCCGACCUGACGCCAUGUGAUGACACAAGCCAAGAAUGUUGACUAAAGAUUCCUGUCUAACCAUUAGACUUACCAGCCAAUUACAGUAUGUAAUAUGUUUAUGUAAUGAAAUCACUUUUCGCUACCUCUGUUCAGAUAAUACAUGUAUGAUCAUACUGUACAGUACACAUUGCUCACCUUUACUUGGGAAAGCAAAUGAAAAUAUUGCAAUAUUUCUUGAUAUAUGAUUUUAAAUUUCUUGACUGGCCGCAUGUAGCAGCAACCGUGACACAUAAUAUCACAAAUAUGUUUCAGCAAAUUAAACUUACAUUUUGUAUUGUGGAAAUUUAUAAAAUCAUGAUUUAAAUAUUGUCAAAUUCUUACAUUUUUCACUAUUUGAAACUGUUAUCAUGAAAUAUAUUGCCCAAUUUUAAAACACAAUAA